UUUAAUUAAUGAACGUGGUUUAGAAGAAGCACGUACAUUAUUGUUAUAGGAAACCCUUUAAUUUUUUUAGAAUAUGUCCUUUACUGUAACUGAAAGUGACAGCACUUUAAAGACUGCCACAUUAGGUAAAAAGAAAUCAUAUUGUAUUAUACCUCAGAAUACGUCAAGACAAGUUGAAUCUACAUUAAAUAACAAUGAGAGAAUAUUUAGCGAAUCAACGGGAUUAGCUAAAUUUUCAUUAUCUCCAUCGAGGGAUAAUCGAUCAUCCAGUCCGAAAAGAUCUGGUGGCGGACUUCCAGUAUAUAUUCCAGUUUCACAAACAAAUGAUGUACAAGGUGUUAACUCAAAGAAUGAUAUUGAAUUCGAUGAUGGAACUGGAACUCUACUUUUACAAGAGUAUGCUUCAAAGCAAAGACAAUUGAAUGAAUUAGAAAGUAAAGUAGAGAUUAUUAAAAAUGAACUUUUAGAGAUUUCAAAGAAAAUUUCCAAUCAUACUAUGAAAAAUAUUAGUGAAAGUAAUAAGAAUAUUAGUGAUAUUCCCACUCCUAUCAACAAUAAAAAUACUAAUAUCAAUACUAAUACCAACACUUUAAAUAUAUUAAAAAAUAAAGCAUCAAAUAUAUUCAACAUACAAACAGAGAAGGAAAGACCUGUUAAUUCAAACGAUACUAAAUCUUUGAAUUUCCAAGGAUAUUUAAAUAAAUUCCAGACCCAAAUCAAUGGUACCACAGCAAAUAUAAUACCAAAGGAUACUUUGAAAAAUAUUGUUAACGAUGUCGGUCGCAAUAUUGAUGAGAAUAAUGAUAAGUUUAAGAAAUUUUUAGUCUCAAAUAAUUCACAAAUAGAUCAGUUGAGUCAUAAAACGAGUAAACUUUUCAAUGGAAUUAUUACUAACUUAUCACCAACCAAGGCAAAGUCUGAUCAAGAAAUUAUAAAUAGUUCUUUCAAUUUUGAUAAUUUAACUAUGAAUGAAAUCAAUCACAGUCUAAUUUUAGAAGAGGAAGAUGAGGAUACAAAUUCUAUUUGUGAUACAAUUCACAUUCAUGAUAUGAGCCAUAGUUCCAAUAUAGUUGAUAUUGAUGAAUAUGAUAGUGAAGUGGAUACAGAGCAGGACUUUUAGCCAUAGAGAAAAUAAAAAAUAAAUGGAUUGUAUAGAAGUGAUAGUGUUGAUAAUUGGCUACAUA